UGCCUCAGUUAAACUUCAUCGGCAAAAUAAACUGCAGGGCGACUUCGACUCGAACGAAGUGCUUUAAACCACAGAAUUUUAAAACUGGGCCUAAAAUUAGAUUUAGAGCAUGUUUAGAUUUUAUUGCCUUUUGUUUGUGGCAUGCGCGAAGGUCGGGAAAUUAUUUUUCCGGAUGAAAAACUCCGAAUAAAAGCUGGCAAGAAGUUUCCCUCUAUGUGUUGGGUAUCCUGUGGUACAUUACACAAGACGCCGGAAAUCCUGAUGGGGAGAAAUUGAGACUGGAGAUAGAGUCUGUCGUCACAUAUCAUAUAGGUUUAUUGAUGACUAACAAAAAUGCUUUUAUCUCGUUCACCGUGGGACCUCAACAUCACACAACACACGUGAUGGCACUAGACUGGCCCGCAGGGAGUUAUGGGAUUCCUAGAGCUGUUGACGGAUGUCCAAGAUCCCUGACUACUUCUUGGAAAACUGGCGUUCUUUUCCAAGACUGUGAAAACACCAAUCCGCAAACAAGCCGGUCCCCCAGCUAUCACUUGGCAGGGUUUGUCACUAAGGACGUGCAGCGAGAGUUCUGUAUCAAAGUCGAUACAUUCAACGGCGCAAAUAGACCCCCCUGGCCAGUUGGACAGUAUUGUGUGUAUCAGGGGGAAGCAGGAUGUCCUGUUGGGCUAGACUCAGGGUGGGUGGUAUGGGACGACGAGAGAAAUGAUAAUGGGACUAAUAGAAAUCGCCGUAAUGGGACCCUACCAAAAGGAAGAUACAGUUUGCAAACGAAAAUUUUCUUCUGCUGUAGCACCAAGGGAGACAAGCGCACUGCGAUUGACCUCCCCCUGGUCUCGCCCUUCUACCUAAUAGCGUACGCGAGUAGUUCAUGCCAGAGAGUCAGGGGGGCUACGGCCACGAGGGAAUUUAUUUAUUACGAGACAGAAUACUACACUUUGUCUACAAAGAAUGACUACGGGGGCGCCCACCCUUACCGAGUGACAAGGUCUCGCUACGGGCACACUAUAUACUACUGCUAUUAUAAACCUAACUAUUGUUCACCGCUGACUCCAGUUAAUAACAGUCACGUAUACCCUGCUCGCUGUGCGCGGGCGCAGAGCAAUGCAUUCAGGGACACGUGUUACAUUCGAUGUAAUCCCGGGUUCGUCCCGCGGGACGGCGGGACCCAUUCCACGCAGUGUGGAGAAGACGGAACCUGGAGCGAGCCCAUUCACGUCACGUGUCUUUACAAGCCCUCACUAACGCUCAUCUCCCAGUCAUCAGCCAAACGAGAAAACAAAACAACUGCCUUUUCACAAUCCUCAACACAUGCCAUGACGUCAACAGUCGUCACAGCAACCAUUUCCAGCUCCGACACUACCACUCCAUCUUAUCGGAUAAGCCCUAGUGUUCCUAUGGUGAUGCCAAAUCAAUUGACCAAUGGCAUUGGGAGGUUAAGGUCCGUUUAUUCACGUGGGCGGCUCGUGGCAGGCGCAAUCAGUGCAGGGGUUGUUUGUGUCGGAGUGAUAGCCGUGUUUGUCUGGAGGUUUCGAAGAAGAAGGAGUCAGACACUAAAGGAAGGCGCGAUAAACCCAAGUAAAAAUCAGAAUGGAAUUCUACUGAAAGAAAAUAUACCAAAUAGAGGUCCUCAACGCAAAAUAAACUCGGAUGAAAGACUCAACUCUCUCAAUUCAUGGCCUCAUAGAUCCAGAAGUCCCACAGAGAGUCUUUUUAGUGAGCACAACCCUCUAUAUGUAAGUCUGGAUGAGAAAUUACUACAUACAAGAAAAUCAUCACAAAAUAUUCUAUACGAAAGCAUAACCUUAAAUCCACAACCCUCCGAAUCAGACAGUAACCAACGACUAGCCGCCGAGAAGUAUUAUCGGUCACGCUUAGGCACGAUGUGAUGGGAUCGGUCAAAGCUCGAAGGGAACUCGCAAAUAACGCGCCAAGGCAAACCGACAACUAAUGAAUUGGUGUAGUCAUACUUACUGCACAUUCCUUCCAAUUUAUUUUUUAAAACUGAGAGUGUACAAAUGUAAUUAACCAUUAAAAAAAACAAAAGUUUGCAA